AUGACAUCUCCGACCCUCACACUUCUAUCGGACUUAACCCCUCCAUCCUUAGAGCGCACUUGGCUCACAGCACCACACCCCACUCUCCCCAUCGUCGCAACCUGUAGCUCCGACAAAACUGUGCGGGUAUACUCCCUCACAAACUUCAAACUCCUCUCAACUAUCUCAGGCGGGCACAAACGGAGCGUCAGAACAUGUGCCUGGAAGCCUCACAUUAAAGGCGAAAGCGUAUUAGCCACCGGCAGCUUUGACGCAACUGUCGGCAUCUGGCGACGAUGGGAUAACUACGGCCGUACCGAAGACGAAGCUACUGGAUUGGGACUUUCUAGUGGUGCCGAUGGAGUCGGGAAGGGUUCAUCAAAUGCCAAUGCUGCGGAUUCUGGAGAUGAUGAUGCCGAGGAUAUCGAUGAGGAAGAGUGGCGCUUUGCAGUGCUUCUGGAUGGUCAUGAUAGCGAGGUGAAGUCUGUUUCAUGGUCGCCGUCUGGAAUGUUACUGGCUACUUGUGCGAGGGAUAAGUCUAUUUGGAUCUGGGAGGAUUUGGAUGAUGGGGACAACAACUUUGAGACCGUUGCCGUUAUGCAGGAGCAUGCUGGAGAUGUUAAAUGUGUUGCUUGGCAUCCUGCUGAGGAAUGUCUUGCUAGUGGCGGGUAUGAUGAUACUAUCCGGCUUUGGCGUGAAGAUCUCGAUGAUUGGGGCCAGGUGACUUGUCUCAAGAAGCAUGAGGGCACGGUGUGGUUCUUAGAUUGGGAGGGAACUGAAACUACGCCUAGUUUCCGGGGAUCAACGAAUGAAUCGUCGCUACGGUCCAGAUGGGCGGAACAGCGUGCGCUUUCUGGUCCUAGACUUGUCUCUUGCUCGGAUGAUAAGACUGUUCGGGUUUGGCGUCGCUUGCCGAAGGCGAAUGGCGAUGAACCGGGAGCUAUGUCAUCUGCUGCUACUGGUAUUCCAAGUAUUAUUCGACCGACUGGAACAGAUGAAAACUGGGAGGAGGAUGCUUUGCUGCCGCAUGCGCAUGAAUUGGCGAUUUAUGCUGUUGCGUGGAGUCGGCGGACCGGUCUUCUUGCGUCUGUUGGUGCUGAUGGACGAAUUGUUCUAUAUGAGGAGCGUGUUGUUGCGUCUCCUGAGUCUGAUGCCGAUGUUAUGGAUAGUGAGCCUGCGGCGGAGAAGUCUUUGCUGCGGACGGAGUGGACUAUCGUUUCUGUGAUUGAUGGUGCUCAUGGCCUAUAUGAGAUGAAUCAUGCUGCUUGGGCUAAACGGGCGGAUCGUGGAUCUACGGAAGAGGAAGAAGAUGUCCUGGUCACAACUGCGGAUGAUGGCAGCGUUAAAGUGUGGACGUUGCAGCGGUAA